UUCAAUAUGUCUGGUCGAGGCAAGGGCGGUAAGGGCCUGGGGAAGGGCGGCGCCAAGCGCCAUCGCAAAGUCCUGCGCGACAACAUCCAGGGCAUCACCAAGCCCGCCAUCCGGCGCCUGGCCCGGCGCGGCGGCGUCAAGCGCAUCUCCGGCCUCAUCUAUGAGGAGACCCGUGGGGUGCUGAAAGUCUUCCUGGAGAACGUGAUCCGCGACGCCGUCACCUACACGGAGCACGCCAAGCGCAAGACCGUCACGGCCAUGGAUGUGGUCUAUGCGCUCAAGCGCCAGGGCCGCACGCUCUACGGCUUCGGCGGCUAAAUUUGCAGUCUUUUAGUCACGCACAAAGGCCCUUCUCAGGGCCACCUAAAUGGUCAAAAAGAGCUUAAUGCUUUUAUGCAAAGUAAA